AUGUUCUAUUUUCGAAUAACAAGCAACAAAAAUAUCUCUAGAUUAAUACCAAAAUCAAACUUUUUCCAGUAUAGUUUGAGUAUUGCUAACAACAAGGAAUCUUUCGGACAAUCUAUCCGUCUGCUAAACUGUCAUAGAAUAUGUAAGAACAAUUUUAAUCAACUAUUUCUCCCGAAAAACUACAAUAUACUGAAUUCUUACAAAACCCAUAUAUCAGAAAAAUUACAUCGCAUACUAAAUGUUGAUAAAAAUGUUAUAUAUUCAGCCUUACAAAAACCAAAUAAAUUAAAUGAUGGUGAUUUAAUUCUUCCCUUACCAAAGAUAGCUUUGAAUAUUAAGGAUUUCCCAGAUUUACAACAGAGAAUUGAGUCUAUUUUACAUGAACAAGAUUUAUUUGAUAAAGUGGUAUUCAAAGACAGCUUUAUUCAAUUUUUUUUUAAUACAAAUAUAAUGAUGAAUAAAAUAAUCCCUGAGAUAUUAAUAUUUGGCUCGCAAUAUGGAAAAGUAAAAUGUUUUCCAUCUAAGAAAAUCAUAGUUGAAUUUUCUUCCCCCAAUAUCGCAAAACCAUUCCAUGCAGGCCAUCUUCGAUCUACAAUUAUUGGUGAAUUUAUUUCUAACAUAUUUGAGAAUUUUGGUUGGAGUGUUAUUAGAAUGAAUUAUUUAGGUGAUUGGGGGAAACAGUUUGGGAUUUUAGCUGUUGGAUAUGAAAAGUUUGGUGAUCCUUUAAAAUUAAAAGCGGAUCCGAUUACUCAUUUAUUUGAAGUGUACGUUAAAACAAACAAAUUAAUUGAAAUUGAGAAGAGCAAUAAUGAAACUGAUGAAUCAUCUUUAUCGAAACAGGCACAAUCCUUUUUCAGGAGAAUGGAAAAUGGAGAUCUGAAUGCUUUGUCACUGUGGAAUCAAUUUCGUAAUCUAUCAGUAGAAAAAUACACUCAAAUAUACUCAAAGUUGGGGAUAUCAUUUAACAUAUAUUCUGGAGAAUCACAAAUAAAACAACAAUCAAUUGUUGAUAUUUUAAAACAGUUGAAAGAUAUGGGAUUAACCAGAGAAAAUAAUGGUGCUACAAUUAUGGAUCUGACACCAUUCAAUAAAAACUUAGGUAAAAUAAUUAUAUCUAAAUCAGACAACACAUCACUAUAUGUUACUAGAGAUAUUUGUACGUGUAUUGAUCGUUAUAACCAAUAUGGAUUCGACAAAAUGAUAUAUGUGAUUGCUUCCCAACAAGACCUUUAUAUGCAACAACUUUUUGAAAUUAUGCGUCAAUUAAAAGUUUCCUGGAUUGACAAAUUAGAGCACAUAAACUUUGGCAUGGUUAAAGGUAUGUCUACUCGGAGAGGAAAUGUUGUAUUUCUAGAUACAAUAAUUAAAGAAGCUACCAAUCAGAUGUUGAAUGUAAUGAAAUCUAAGAAACAAUUGGAAGUGGAAAAAUCGAAAAUAUUGAAUAUUGCGGAGAAACUUGGGUUAUCUGCAAUUCUUAUUCAAGAUAUGAAAAGUAAAAGGAUCAAUAGUUAUGAAUUUGAUUGGAAAAGAAUGUUAUCCUUUGAAGGAAACACGGGUCCUUAUUUGCAAUACACUCACUCAAGAUUGUGUGCUAUUGAAAGCAGAAUUAAAGAUAUAGUAACUGUUGAAGACUGUAAAACUGCAAACCUUUCGAUUCUCAAUGAUAAACCUGAAGCAAUAAAAUUAGUAAGACUACUUAGUCAGUAUCAUUACAUACUAGAUAAAACGCUUGAGUCUUUAGAACCUUCUACACUUGUCACUUAUUUGUUUGCAAUUUCUCAUCAAAUUUCCAUAUGUUAUAAUUCACUGUGGGUUCUUGGUCAACCCAUAGAAAUAGCAACAUCCCAUUUAGCAUUAUAUCUUGCCUCAAAACAAAUUUUGGCUAAUGGGUUAAGAAUUCUAGGAAUAAAACCAAUAGAAAGAAUGUAA